AUGGUCUGGACAAACGAGUCGUGUUGCGCAUUCAAAGGGCAGCUGCUCUCCAACAUGCUGCCGCCUCUGCUCCUGCUGGAAUGUGUGCUAGGAAUGCUGGGUAACGGAGGGGCCCUCUGGAUCUUCUGUUUCUAUCUGAAACCCUGGAAGAGCAGCACCGUCUUCCUGUUCAACCUGGCUCUGGCCGACUUCCUGCUCAUCGUGAUCCUGCCGUUUGGCGCUGUCUACUACCUGAGGGGGGUGGACUGGAUCUUUGGCGAUGCGUUCUGUCGCAUCUCACUCUUCAUGGUGGCCAUGAACCGAGGGGGCAGCAUCUUCUUCCUCACCGCCGUGGCCGUAGACCGCUACCUCCGGGUGGUCCAUCCUCACCACCCCAUCAACUCCAUGACCGUCUCCAGGACCGUUUACACCGCGAUUGCUGGGUGGGCCCUCGCCAUCUCCCUGAACGUCCAUCUUCUCACCGCGCCCCAACACUUCCAAGCUUUAGACACCAACCGCUGUAACAGCUUCAUUAUUUGCCCUCGGUCUGACUCCAGUCCCACCUGGCACAGGGCGGUCUUCAUCUUCUCCUUCUGCAUACCACUAGCCGUCAUCCUCUUCUGCUCUCUCCAGGUGGUCAUGAAGCUCAAGGAACGCCAGUUGGAUAAGCAUGGCGGGAUCCAGAGGGCCCUCCAUCUCAUUGUCCUGGUGGCCGCCAUGUUUGCUGUCUGCUUCCUCCCGAGCAAUGUCAUCCAGCUGAUGAUCUGGACCAAGAACUCCAAAGACUGCAACUCUUUUGAAGGCCUGAACACAGCCUUCUCCAUCACCAUCAGCCUAACCUACCUCAACAGCAUGCUCGACCCCCUCAUCUACUACUUCUCUAGUCCAGCCUUCAAGAAGAUCUACAAGAAAGUGGCCCGGCUCAGCUUUAGGAAGAACGAGGAGCCAAGCCCAGCCGAAGACAAGACCAGAGAGACUGGGUCUCAGAGCCUCAGCCAGCUGUGA